CGAGCUUCUUUGUCGGGUCGAGGCAAACUCUAUGGCCUUCUUCGGUUUAACACACCUCGGUUAUCAAAACCCAAUAGGCGAUAAAAUGAUGGUGAAUCCCAGAGGAGCGUCUCGUCCUGAAGAUGACAGGAUUAACGUCCGAGCUGGGCUGCCUCCAGCUCUUCAAGAACAACAGGGAUGCACAGAUUUAUGCAAUGUUUACCGCCAGCCUCUUCCCUACGGCACUGACGUACACCAUGGGAGCCAUGAGCAAUACAAAGAGAUGGUCAAACGGGUUCAAACACCUAGAUCCCCUAACCAGCUGUACAAAAUGCCCCUGACGGACAACCAGCAGUAUGGAUGGAUGCUGGCCAAGAGCCCUGAAUCAUGGACCCAAGUCAAACGGUUUCCCCGAAAGGACAGUGAGAUGACAAAGUUUGUUAAAGAAAUGUCAGUGACCGACCGGGACUUCAGCCUGUUCUGACAGCCCUCUCUAUUUC